AUGACAUCUGAAGAAGAGCCAGUCCCGCAGGAACCGGCUACCGUGCCCUUCACUAGCCAAACGAUCCCUCGUACUCUGGCCACCAUCUCUGAAACAAGGGAUGAAGCGGAGGCCACUGGGACAAAAUUUCAUCAGAACGCCGACCUUCAAGUCAUUAUCAAGACGACCGACAUUAACCCCAUCAUCUAUUUGGCCUGUGCGUCUGCGCUUGCUUGUGCCUCUGUGGUUUGGCGUACCAUGGUAUAUCAUGAUGAUACAUAUGUAGAUGACGCAUAUCGAGAUUCCAAAAAAGGUCAAGUCCAAACAAUAAGGCUUGACGGCGACCCAGAAGCCAUUGGGCUUCUUUUUCACAUAAUUCACUACGAAUUCAACCACGUUCCUGAAAAUCCUACGCUUGAUCAACUAUUCGAGCUCGGGAAAAGUGCAUGCCAGUUUAGAUGCACCCAUAUUCUCUACCCUUGGGCUGCACAGUGGACCACAAAACUGUCUGAAUUCGCUUUUGAUGAUAACUGUUAUUCGAAAUGUCACAAAGCUCUAUAUGUUGCCUGGACAUUCGGGGAUCUAAAGUUGUACCGAGACAUGGUGGACGCGCUGAUCGUAUCCACCGAGAUCAACACGGAUGGCAAGAUUGUGAAUAUCUCGGGCAUGCCAUUAGAAGAUAUGCUGAUACCUUGCGAUCUUCUCGACAUCAUCACUACGACUCGAGCUUCGACCAUUAAGAAGAUACUCGACGUGAUCAAGAAGCCUAUUCACGACCUCACAUAUGGAAAACAAGGUCAGAAGAGUACAUACUGCAAAGUAGGGAAAGAUAGCCAAGGAUGUGAAAUUAUGAUGCUAGGCUCAACGAUCCCAGCACUGACUCAAGCGGGACUUUUUCCUACUCCGGAGCCUGAGAAAUUCACUGGCAGUAUCGUGCAGCUUAAGGAAAAAGUUGAGAAGAUCAAGACGAUUCCAUAUGUCGGCAAAGAAUGGGCGCCGCAUAUGUCGCAUGAAGGCUGCAACCUUGGCUUUCGAGACUCCGUAACAGUCUGCCUGAACGACAUGGAAGUUCCCUUAAGUUCGAGCAUUAUGAGCUGGAUAUCUAAUCAGGCUAAAACGUGCGGUGUUGAGCCUACAAGAGAACUAGAAGAAUGGCAGAGAAAGUAG